GAAGCCUGUUUCUGAAUGGGCCUUUCGUGUUGUACUUGUACCCAAGAGAGACAAGGCAGAAACUUCUUUUCUUGAACUCGAAGCCAAGCCAGUCAAGCUAUUAAAAGUUUCAAGCGGAAAUUCACUGAGGAAAAAUACGAAGUUUAGAAAACGGAGACUCAUAGAUCGGACGAUAAUCGACGGCGACGCAAUCGUGAGAGAUGGAUCCCAAGCUAACGGAGGUGUCGCAGUACUUCGAGCGAUUCAAAGCGGCUUGUGUGAGGGAGGAUAUCGAUACCUCUGCCAAUCUGCUGUCUCAGCUUAAGGUCUCGUUGACUAGCUUCAGAAGCCUUCCACCUUUGUUCGAAGUUACUCCAAAUUCUGUUCAAGAAUUGACGAUAGCGAGAGAUAUUUAUGAGCAUGCUGUACUUCUAAGUGUGAAGAUGGGGGAUCAGGAUGCCUUUGAAAGGGACUUCUUUCAGCUGAAGCCCUAUUAUACAGACGCCCGUAAACGCCUACCACCAUCUCCUCAAGAACACAUGAUAUUGGGCCUCAACCUUUUGAGACUCCUUGUUCAGAAUAGAAUUGCUGAAUUCCAUACUGAACUAGAACUGCUGCCAGCCGAGUCUCUCGAGGAUCCUUGCAUCAAGCAUGCCGUGGAGUUGGAGCAGUCAUUCAUGGAAGGGGCAUACAACCGUGUGUUGACUGCAAAACAAACUGUUCCAAACCAGAGCUAUGACUACUUCAUGGAUCUUUUAGCAAAGACUGUCAGGGAUGAGAUAUCUGGGUGCAGCGAGAAGGCAUAUGACUACCUUUCAAUAAACGAUGCCCGCCAAAUGUUGCUCUUCUCUUCCGAUAAUGAACUCUUGCAAUACAUUAAUGAGCAGGAGCAUCCGGAGUGGGAAAUAAAAGAUGGGUCUGUCGUCUUCCAGAAAGCAAAGGAAACUGCACCUUGCAAGGAGAUCCCGUCUCUACAACUUAUCAACCAGACGCUCAGCUAUGCCCGAGAGUUGGAGCGGAUUGUUUAGCGAGACUGCUUGCUUUGGCAGCUGUUACACAAACCUCCGUCGCCUUAAAAUUGUUGGUUCACGGAGAAAACAAAGAGCAUGUAGUUUUUCCUCAUCUGUAGUACUUCAAUGGCACCUAUGUUUGUUGGGGCGCAUUUCAAAAUGCCAAUUCGCUGAAAAGUUAUGUGUUUGCAAGCAUCAUUGUGAAACAUGUAUUUGUCAAGGAGGCUUUCAGCUUGUUUUCUGGAACCCAUUGUCUUUAAGCGUUAAAAACAUCUGUCGUCCUUAACCCAUUUCGGCUUAGAAUUUCAGACAUCGUCAUGUUGUUCUUGCACUACACACGCUGGUUGCUCUUAUGGAUUCAGGGCCUCGACUCGUUGGUGCUAUGCGAUGCUUUUGUGGUCCGACCUUGCCGGGAGACUUGCGCUUGAGAUGAUGAUGACUACCAUCAUUCCGUGUAUUAUCAUCACUUGAUUCAUCCGAUGCUUUCGUCGACUCGGAUCGAGCGUGGAGCUCAGGGCAGCAAUCGAUGUCCUCGAAAACUACAAUCGAUUUAUUCGCAAUCGAAAGCAAGGCAUGCCUCAGCUCAUAAUCAGACCCGAAAUUGGCGAGCUCGACCACAUAGAGGUUGAACUUCAAAUGAUUGGACAAGGCAGAAACGACACUGGAUUUACCGGUCCCGGGUGGCCCGUACAGCAAGUAACCCCUCUUCCAAGCUUUGCCAACUCUUUUGUAGAACUCCCUCCUCGCCACAAAUCUGUCCAGAUCAUCAACGAUGCCCUGCUUCAUCUUGCCCUCCAACGCGAUUGUGUCGAAGGUCAUCGGAUGCCUCGAGUCCAUCGAUGUCCAACUCGAACCCCCGUAGUGUGAUCCAGACGAGGACCAUGUAAACAGCUGCAACUGUUGAGACAUUUCCUCGAACACCUUGACGACAUGGCGGAGAUAGUGAUUCAACGCCUUUUCUCUGUUUUCCGUGCGAAAACUUAAUCUGUAGCAGUCAUCCGGACUACAGUACAUAUCAUCUGCAUCACCUCCUUGGAUUAGUCCUCCAACCAGGCCCGACCGUCUCCUGUUGUUCAUCGAAGGCAAGUACCAGCUGAACACGUCACCCUCGAACACGUCGACCACCGUUUCACUGCCGACCAGCGCGGUGGUGAAUCUGUUGCUGUUCUUCAGCUUUGCCACGCGGAACUGCUUGUUCUCGGGACCCAUCUUGGUGGAGAGGUAGUAUUUAACGGCAUCAAAGAGCUCAUUCCCGUCGUAGCAGUUGUUAUUCCAGAUUUUGUCGAUUAUGAUGGAGUCGGUGUCCGGCAGAACCGGAGCGGCUUUGAAGACAAGUUGCCGGAGCUUGUGGGAGACGUAGUCGGCGACGAAUCUGGGGACAAUCUCGCGGUAAGCGUUGCGGAGGAGGAUCGCUGAGGUGGAGAAGGAGGCGUAGAGGGAUAACAGGGACGAAGUGGAAGGGAACAUUGUUGCAGCUUCAUUGAUAAUGAAAGACGCCAUUUUC